AUGCGGUCACUCUUGACGAUGCUUGGGAUUGUCAUUGGCAUCGCCUCCGUGUUAGCGAUGAUUGCUAUUGGCGAUGGAGCAAAGCUAAUUGUGCUUCAGGAUGCCCAAAAAAUUGGCGGUGCCAAUCAAGUCACGCUGUAUCGGAGCGGCCAUAUCCGUAAAGGAAAUCGUUGGGUGCGGAAUCGGAGUAACGAAUAUUUUGAGUAUGAAGAUGUGCUAGCGAUUGAAGCCGAAUGUCCUUCCGUCAAGGGAGUCAUUCCCCGUGUUCCUCGGUGGCGUGGGGUUCUGGUUCAAGCGGAAGGCGGUGCCGAAAAGCGGACGGGAUAUGAAGGUAUUACACCUUUCUACCAAGUUGGAAUGGACUGGGAGUCUGCAAGCGGGCGUUUUAUCACAGAGGACGAUGUUGCCAAUCGGACCAAAGUCUGUGUCCUUGGAUCGGAAGUGGCAAGCGAACUCUUUCAGGACCAAAAUCCAGUUGGUAAAACAAUCAAAAUCGCACGCGGCAGUGGUAACAGGUUUCGCCGCGGGGGGCGACGCAGUCAGAACAGAAGUAUGGAACAGUUUACCGUUGUGGGCGUGAUGACGCAGCGCGGGAGAAGUCUUCGUUUUGGGUGGAAUCUGGAUGACCGGGUAUUCCUCCCCCUGACGACGGUUCAAGAGCGGUUUACGGGUAAUGACCGAGUCACAAUGAUUUCCGUCCAAGCAAAGAGCAUGGAAUUGGUUGAAAAAGCCAAGGAAGAGGUUACAGCGGUAAUCCGGAAACGGCAUCGCAAUCAGGAUAAUUUCUUUAAUGUCUGGGAGAUGAGAGCGGGCAUGGAGCAACUGCUCAAAAUUGGCAAGAUUAUCAAAAUCGUGCUCGGUGUCAUCGCAGGAUUUUCAUUGCUUGUGGGUGGCAUCGGCAUCAUGAACAUGAUGUUGGUGUCUGUAACGGAGCGGACCCGAGAAAUCGGCUUACGCAAAGCAGUUGGUGCCAAACGGCGGGACAUCCUCCUCCAAUUUUUGAUUGAAGCAAUUACGAUGUGCAGUAUCGGUGGGGUAAUCGGUAUUGGAUUGGGUGUUGCUGCUGGACACGGGAUGGCAAAUAUUGCGGUAAACAUUGUUAAGGUUGUCCCGGAGUGGCCCGCUAUCGUUUCCACGCAAUGGAUGAUUAUUUCAGUUGUCUUUUCAGCACUUAUUGGUAUUGUCUUCGGCGUCUAUCCUGCGGUAAAAGCCGCACAACUUUCGCCCAUCGAAGCGUUGAGGACCGAAUAG